AUGGAGGCUUUGGUUUGCCGGAAAUUGGGAGAUCCGACGGCGACGGAGACUGGGAGUCCUGAAUCUCCGGUGGAGGUGAGCAAGAGCUACCCGAUCCCGCCUUUGAGCUCAGAUACGGCGGUGAGAGUCAGAGUUACAGCUACGAGCUUGAAUUACGCGAAUCACCUUCAGAUUCUCGGAAAGUACCAGGAGAAACCUGUGUUACCUUUCAUCCCUGGCUCCGAUUACUCCGGAAUCGUCGACGCGAUCGGAUCUGCCGUCACCAAAUUCCGCGUCGGCGAUCGUGUAUGCUCCUUCGCUCAGUUCAUCGUCGCUGAUCAGUCUGGCCUGUUCCUUGUACCAGAAAGAUGCGACAUGGUCGCUGCAGCUGCACUUCCCGUUGCGUUUGGUACUUCUCAUGUAGCACUCGUCCACAGAGCUCGUCUAACAUCUGGUCAGGUCUUAUUGGUUCUAGGCGCUGCUGGUGGCGUUGGUCUUGCAGCUGUUCAAAUCGGAAAGAUUUGUGGAGCCAUUGUCAUUGCAGUUGUCAGAGGAACUGAGAAGACUCAGCUGUUGAAGUCAAUGGGAGCGGAUCACGUUGUGGAUUUGGAAAGUCAAAAUGUAAUUUCAAGCGUGAAAGAGUUCAUCAAGACAAGAAAGCUUAAAGGAGUUGAUGUUCUAUAUGAUCCUGUAGGAGGGAAACUCAACAAGGACUCCGGCAAGGAGUCCAUGAAAGUUCUCAGCUGGGGAGCUCAGAUUCUGGUGAUCGGUUUCACCAGCGGAGACGUACCCGUGAUUCCCGCCAAUAUAGCCCUUGUUAAGAGGAUUGAUCACCGUUUCACAUCUCUCAUACCUAUAGCCUCUCUCAGGCCAAUCUUGCAUUUGGAGCUAUCAAAGACAGGAAGGCAAUCGGGAAAGUCAUGA